GAGAAACAGAAGGCUCCUCGCUUCGUUCGCUGUAGUCUGGAAGGAGAAGACCCCUGCGGCGAUCGAGAGUAGCGAUGGCGGCAGGAACGGUGUCGAAGGUUUCGGACGAUUUCGGGAUGGCUUCCGAUCGAAACAAAGCUAUGGCUUUUGCUCUCUUCAAGCGCCUCUCUCUCGAUCCGAACAAGUACUCUAGUGGAAGAAUUGAAAGCUCUGAUAUGACAAGCCUAUUCUCAAACAUUUUGUGUUUAUCAGACCAUCAGGUUCCUUUGUCAAAUGAACAUGAGAUAAUGAAGUGGGUUGCAUUUGCAAGUAGCUUUCCCAAUGAUGGUGAUGCAUGCCUUCUGGCACUUAAACAUCUGAAUGAGGAACUGAACCUUAAGUCUGUUUUAUUAGACAAUGGACUUAAACCAUCAGAAGCUGACAUAGUUGUGUUUGCAGCAGUUCAUUCUUGUGUGAUUCGUCUUGCUAACACAUCUAUGCAAAAAUUUCCUAAUGUGAUUAGGUGGAUGGACUAUAUCCAGGACAAGGAAGAUUUUGGUGGUGUAUUUGCAAAAAUCAUGGUCGACAAGCCAGAAUUCAUACCUAUUGAAAUUGCAAAGAAAAAGAAUUCUGGUGAUAAUAAAGCUAAUGGACCUUCAGGAAAAGAUAGCGGGGCAAAUGAGAAGAAAAAGAAAACACUAGAGAAGGAGACAGCUGAGAAGGAUGCAGAAUCCAAUAUAAGUAUUCUCAGCAUACAAAUUGGUAUCAUUCGAAAGGCAUCAAAGCACCCAUCAGCUGAUAGUUUGUUGGUGGAGGAGAUAGAUUUGGGAGACGGUAACUUGCGCCAAGUAGUUAGUGGUCUUGCAAAAUUUUACAGCCCUGAAGACCUAGUAAACCGAAGAGUAGUUCUGGUGACAAAUGUGAAACCGGGAAAGCUACGUGAUUUCAUGUCUGCUGGAUUGGUGUUAUGUGCUUCUAAUGAAGAUCAUACAGUGGUGGAGCCCUUGAUUCCUCCCGAAGGAGCUUUACUUGGAGAGCGGGUUUCAUUUUCAGGGUAUGAUGGUAAGCCAGAGGAUGUGCUAAAUCCAAAGAAAAAGCAAUUGGAAAAGAUUACACCUCAUCUCUACACCAAUGAGGAAGGCGUGGCAACUUUCAAGGGAAUAGCAUUCAUGACAUCUGCAGGUCCUUGCAAGUCUUCCAUCACCAAGGCAAGCAUAAAAUAGAAUCAAUUAAACCUCGCAUCAGCAAUCACGUUGGCUCUAAGCUUUCACGCUGCUACAAUCGCUACAAUCUUAGGCAACGCAACAUGUUGGUAAUACUUUUGUGGUAUAUUCUUAGAGACCAUAUUCGAGAGCACACUAUAGUAGCUUCUCAUGAGAUAAUGUUGGAAUGUCAUGCUCAAUUUCCAAAUAAAUUAUUUUUCUGGGAGUAAA